AUGGAAACCUUGGAGAAAAAGGGCCAGCAACAUGAGCUCAAUUUGCUGAAAGAUCGGAUUGAGAUCUGUGAGCAUGGCUUCGCCUUGGGGUACAACAAUUUGUCAUCCAUGAAACCGAGUGUGAUGCAAGCACAUAUCAUGAGCACGAAGAAGCAAUGGGAAAAGUACCCAGUGUCUUUGCAACUCGGCAUUGUGGCCAGACAUGCACAAGCUUCAUUGGAGAAGGUGUUGCUGAGCAAGAAGAAGGAGUCAGAGUGCUGGAAAGAGGCUGCGGUCGAGCUGGUGACCUUCUUCCAGUUCGACGUCGAGCAGAUGCUGACUCUGGAUGCUACAAGCUUCGAUGAGCACUUUGACGGCCACGCCCCCACGUGGCAGACGGGCAUCAUGAUGAUGAGCGUGUUGGCUCUUGAGCUUGCAGAGGACAGCCUGUCCAGCAUCAAGCUGGAAGACGACGAUGGCUUGACUGCUGAAGCUGCCCAGACGAAGAUUGCAGAGCUUCAGAGCAUUGCCACGGACUGUUGUGCUGUUGUGUUCUGCAGUGUUUUGCGACAGGACUUCGGAAGCAAACUCCGUGCCCUCUUCACCCACCCGGCUUGGAUUGAGCUGCUCAACUUGCAAGAGAAGGCCGCCGAUGUUCACAUCCUUGUCUGCAAGCACCUCUACAGGCACAUCGAAGCUAUGUCGAGCUUGUUUACAUCGUGGAUUGACACCCCGCUCGUGCCCGUCGCCGAGGCUUUUGAGCAGAUUCUCGCCAUGGCCAAGGCGAUCUUGCACUUGCAUGCUUGGAACCCUGAGUCGGACGCAGGCUUCGACACCCUGAAGCCGACGGUACCCGGUGAUGUGUUUGACUUCAUGAAAUGCGACAAGCAGUUUGAGCGGAGCCUCAGCAAGAUCUUGCAAGAUGGCUGGUGGAAGGCUCAGGUAGCCGAGAUCGCAAAAACGGCAGGCUCGCGUCCUUUGGUACAGGUUCAGUGGCGAGAGCUGAACACCUUGCUGCAGGACAUCUCCCCGGAGCAGGCCACCGCCCAGCAUCUCUCCCGCAUCGCCGAGCUGUUUGAGACCGUGGGCAAGGGCAUGCGUGAGAAGGAGAUGGGUUCCGUUGGAGGUAAGUGCAAGGACUUGGUGGUCGGUGUUGUUCAGAAGCUCCUGAAAAGCGAGGCCACUGCCCUGGACAUGACCCAGCUGUCCAAGCAGGCAGACGUGGUGAUGUCCUUGCUGCGAAGGUUUGGUCAUGAGCCCCAGAUCCCAACACUGGUGGACGACUUUGCCAGCUGGCUGGAGGGUACCACUAAUCAGCGUCAGCUUGCAACGCUCAUUGCUCACAUGGAGAAGUGUGCCCGUGGCAGCAUCGACUUUAAGGCGAUCAAGCAGCUUGUGCCAGGUGUGGGCAAGGACAAGGAGCAGUCUUAUGCCGUGGCAGCAGAUGAGGCGACCAAGUUGUGCGAGGCAGCGUGUAACUUCAUGGUCAAGGGCCUGCUGACAGUGAACACCUCGGCAGCCGAUGACGCUGCGUGCACGCAGCGUACUGCCGAGGUCAGGCUGAACCUUGCCAUCCUGAACGGUGUUUCCAAGCUUGUGAAGGACCUGGUCAGUGAUGAGAACCCUGGCCGUGAUGCUUUCACUGCCUACAUCAACAGCUGCAUCAGCCUCGGUUUGGCAGGGGCUUUCCAUGCCAAGGAAAUCAACCUUUUGGAGGGCCUCGGGCCGGAUGCCGAGACCCGUAACCAAGCAGAUGUUGAGGCCAAAAGGCUUCGCCAGGCAAAAACAGCAAGGGCGAAGUGUGUUGCUUCGGAGGCGACUUGUGUGGCAGCCCAGCAGAAGUUGCUGCCGUUUGUCAAGGCCGAGGACGGCAGCGCCUUGCACAGCCUC